CGAGAAGCAACCUGUAGCUGCGUAGCAGCCGCGAAACGCGAUGGUGGGGCGUAUUUUGUAUUUCCUUACAUUCGCCCGAUGUACUUUGCUCAUAGCGGCGGCGGCGGUUUGUAUAGUGUGUCAAUUGUCGGUGCUCGUGCAGUGUGCGUUCGAAAUUCAAACAUGCUGUUCAACUCGGUGAGUAAAAUAAAUGCGGGGAUAGUGUCAUCGUGCAUUGUUGGAUUUGCAUUAUCCUACUAUGCAUACAUCGUUGAAACAUCGAAGGAACACGACAGUUCCUACGAAGCCAUGUGUGAUAUCAGCGAACAUAUCAGUUGCACCAAAGCCUUCAUGUCUGAAUAUGGAAAAGGAUUUGGCAUCAUUCCAGAGAAUUCGCCGUUCUAUUUUCCCAACAGCAUCUAUGGACUGGUCUUUUUCGUCAAUUUCGCAUUACUAAGUGUCUCUAAUAUGCUUGCUGCAACUACAAUGCUCCUGAUUUUGGGGGUCCUGGCUAACAUGGGUUCAGUUUACCUCGCCGUUAUCCUCUACAAGUUGCAGGACAUAUGCGUUGUCUGCAUUAGUACUUACUUGGUCAACGCUGCUAAUUUAACUCUUGCGGUCCGUAAAUUUAAUCUUUUGUCUGAAGGCAGUCCAAAGAAAAGAAAGGCCAACUAAUGAGCUACUUUACUACCUAAAACCAAUACGUUCAGGAGUCAGAUGAUUACAAGUUUGAGAAUAGAAUAAAGGUAAAAAAAUAUUGAAUAUUUUAUUGACUUAUUAUAUUGUACAUAUACUCGGUCUGUAUAUAAAUACAUAUUUCUCUUUAAAGUCGUAUUAAACUACUUCAUAUUAAUUGUAUUUAGUCAUUUGAAUUGAAAGAUGUUGAAACUGGAAUUAUUAGAGAAUAAUUUCACCAAUAACUUGUUACUCUCACUUUUAUUUCAUUAUUGCGACAAUAAAUAUUCAAUGAAUUAUGAAAUUUGAGGCCUACAACUAAUCAUAAUAUACAUAAUAUAGAGUAUCCUUUGAUAUUGCAAAUUGAUAUGAUGUAUAUUACGAGUAUUAAACACAACACGUAAUUAAUAAUUAAAAAAUUUGGUUAGAACACGAUUGAUAUAUCUAAAGAUAUCUGACUAUGAAUCAAUAUUGGGUGAAUAUAUCUAUACAGAAUAACAUUUGUUACAUUUCUUGCUAUUAAUAAUUGAGUAUUGGCUGGGUCAUACAAUACAGGUCUUACUAAAAACGAAUAUCAACUUAUGUGAAGAUACAACAAAGUAAAAGUAAUUGAUCGUGUAUGCAUUGAUACUGUUCAUUUACUAAAGAGACUUGGAUUCAGAACAAAAACUGUUGUUACAGUACCCAAUUUCUCCAUGUAUCCUUUAUGUAAAUUAUUCAGCAACUACGUUAAUCUUUCAAUUCUAAACACUUUAAACGUCAUUAUUA